ACUAACGUAACUCUUUCUCAAAAGCCCUGCUUUAAGAGUCGUCAUUAUCAGAUGACUCGUAAAUUAUGGGUUUCAAGUAUUUGCUGGUUGUGAUGUAUCUGUGGGCUUGGAUUGGAUCCUCCUUGGCUUUUACUACUUCUAAUGAUGGGUUAAUGAGGGUUAUUUUAAAAAGGAAGAAUUUGGACAUUCACAGUGUUAAUUCUGCAAGGAUCAAGGAGGCUGCUCAUCCCAAACUUUUAGGGAGUGUUAAUAGGAAUCAUUUAAAAGCAGGUGUAGUGUAUCUAAAGAAUUAUCUUGACGCACAAUAUUAUGGAGAAAUUGGUAUAGGAUCACCUCCACAAAGCUUCAAAGUCGUGUUUGACACUGGAAGCUCGAAUCUUUGGGUCCCGUCUUCCAAAUGCAUCUCCUCUAUUGCUUGCUUUUUCCAUUCCAAGUAUAGGUCGAAGCUAUCUAGCACCUACAUGAAAAUAGGAACACCUUGCAAAAUCCCUUAUGGCCGUGGACACAUUUCUGGCUUCUUCAGCCAAGAUAAUUUAAAAGUUGGGGAUAUCAUCAUCAAAGAUCAAGAAUUUGCUGAGAUUACAAAGGAGAGGUCUUUGGCAUUUUUAGCUCUGCAUUUUGAUGGGAUACUUGGACUUGGAUUCCAGGAUACUUCAGUUGGACAAGUCACACCAGUGUGGUAUAAUAUGAUAAAACAAGGGCACGUGGGUCAAAAGAUCUUCUCUCUUUGGCUAAACCAAGAUCCAAUGGCAAAGACAGGGGGUGAGAUUGUCUUUGGUGGUAUUGACUGGAGGCACUUUAGGGGUGACCACACUUAUGUUCCACUUUCUCAAAAGGGUUAUUGGCAGAUUGAGGUGGGAGAUGUUCUACUGUCAAACAAUUCAACAGGCCUAUGUGAGGGUGGCUGUGCUGCCAUUAUUGACUCAGGGACAUCUUUGAUUGCUGGUCCAACAAGUGUAGUGACACAAAUUAACCAUGCCAUUGGAGCAGACGGAUAUGUGAGUUUUGAAUGUAAAAACAUCAUCCAUAACUAUGGCAAUUCGAUAUGGGAAUUCUUAACUUCUGGGUUAAGACCUGAAAUUAUAUGCGUUGACAUUGGAUUCUGCUCACGUAAUAGAUCACAUAAUGAUGUUAUUGAAACAGUGGUACAUAAUGAAAGUCGGGGCGAGUCACGAACCAGAGAGAGCCCCUUGUGUACUUUUUGUGAUAUGAUUGUCUUUUGGAUUCAAGUUCAACUUAAGCAAAGGAAUUCAAAGGAAAAAAUAUUGAAAUAUGUAGAUGAGCUGUGUGAGAGGCUUCCCAAUCCCGUGGGACCAUCAUUUAUAAACUGUAAUAGUAUUGCAGCUAUGCCACAAAUUACAUUCACUAUUGGAAACAAAUCAUUUCCUCUCUCUCCAGAACAGUAUAUCCUAAGAGUUGAAGAAGGCUGCUCUACUGUCUGCUAUGGCGGUUUUGUUGCUCUAGAUGUUCCUCCUCCACAGGGUCCCCUCUGGGUUCUCGGAGAUAUUUUCUUGGGGGCAUAUCACACGGUUUUUGACUAUGGGAAUCUCCGAAUAGGAUUUGCUGAAGCUGCAUAGUCGAAGUCUGGUCUCAUUACUGUGCCAAAUUGUUUUUAGGAAAAAAUAAAUAAAUAAGCACAACAAAUAUUUCCUAAAAAGGCAAAGUGAAGCAAAAAUAAAAGAAAUGCACCAGCCGGGAAUCGAACCCGGGUCUGUACCGUGGCAGGGUACUAUUCUACCACUAGACCACUGGUGCUAUUGUUGUUAUGUAUAUAAAUUAAAAUCUUAACUUUAUUAGGCUAUAUCAAAUAAAUCAAACAUUAUCGCAUUUGGGAAUUUAGCAAACAGUAUUAUUAUUUUCAAUCUUGAAUUUGUAUACUUUCUUUUUACAUAUUCCAUUUAUGAGAAAAGGAAGACAGAUUAAAGGGGGUGAAUAAUGCAGUUCAGAUAUACCAAUUAAGAGUGAAUGCAUGUACA